CAUGAAUGAUUCAUUUACAGCAGUCAACUUCUAUGACGUCACACGAAGUCACAUGCCACAAUGCACUCUGUACUUGGCAAUCCUGACUAACUUGUUAGGAAAAUCGUAAACAGGCCUUGCAGGAUAUCCUACAACAAGACUACAAUACAAGUCGCCACUACCACGAAAUCCAGUACUCUCAACGUCCGUCGCUUUCCUUCCAUUUGUCAAAAUUUCAGACUCGACGACACGAUCGACAUUUUCUUCACUUCUAGUCGAGAAAAGAUGCAAACAAGCAACCACAGUAAUUUCGACACCCGUAACGCCUUCGACGGCUCGGAAUCGAUCGAAUCUGCGUCAAUUUCCAGUUCUCGCUCCGACCUCAGAAACCGACUCGGGGUCGCUCUGUUCGGAUUCGGACGCGCAGGACGCAUCCACUACAGCAACGUCAUUCGCAGCAGGCACGUCGAAUUGCUCUGGAUUGUCGACGAAGACGUGGAGAAGGCAGAAGACGCGCUGGUCGCCGACCGAGUCACGACGGCCAAGGUUGUCCUUCCGUUGCGCGUCAGCGAGGUUCUCAACGACAGCUGUGUCGACUUCGUCAUCAUUGCGACACCCACGCCAACACAUGAGGUUAUUGUGAGAGGCGCGCUCAAGGCGGACAAGGGUGUGUUUUGCGAGAAGCCCGUCGCUAUGACCCUACACGACACCGCCGCUGUUUAUGAAGAGGCCGAUCACGUGGGUCGGCCGCUUUACUCCGCCUUCCAGCGACGUUUCGAUCCUAACGUGCGCUCGCUGCGCGACCGCGUUAGAGGGGGCGAUAUUGGCACGUUGCACGUGAUCAAGUCCUGCAGCCGGGACUCGCCUCUGCCGUCGAUUCAGUUUCUUAUGACUUCCGGCGGUAUUUUUCACGACUGUGCAGUGCAUGAUAUUGAUAUUGUUUGCUGGAUAGUGGGCGAGGCUCCUCUUACUGCAUAUGCAACUGCACACUCAUUUAUUCCCAGCAUUGGUGAAAUCAAUGAUGUAGACACAGUGGCCAUUGUGCUUAAAUUUCCAAGUGGAGCCAUUGCAACUGUGGAUCUCAGUCGACAUGCCUGUUAUGGUUACGAUCAACGACUUGAAGUGUUUGGAGAUCAAGGCAUGCUUGUGUCCGAAAAUCGAGCUCCGACGACUCUUCGACAGGCGACAUCGAGAGGUGUCUUCACCGAUCCCAUUGACUACUCGUUUCCCGAUCGAUACAGCGAGGCGUAUAGAUUUGAACUGGAUCAUUUCAUUGAAGUUGUGAAGGGAACCGCAGAAAUGGAGAUCACAAGCUACGAUGCCUUGUUAGCCAACCGAGUCGCUGAUGCUUGUGAGAAGUCGUAUAAGACGGGACAAGUUGUAUCGGUCAAUAUAGAUUUGAAAAACUAGAAUGAGAUUAGGAUGUACAAUGCACUCGUUUGUACAAUGAUGGGACAGUUGAAUUUGCCAUCGUGGAAAUAGGACCUUCACUCAGCAGCGUACUACUUUAUUAUUAUUAUUGUUGUUAUUAUAUACAUAUAUAGAGUCCGUGUUCUCAGCACA